AUGUCGACAAGUGUAACAACUUCGAAAGUAGAACAAUUACUAGCUCCACUCCUGGCAUCUUUACCUGCAGCUUCUGUAUCUCCCCAACCUCCCACGGCACUACUUCCUUUACUAUCGCCAAUUUUACGUCAGAGAGUCCAAAUUUUAUCUUCAACUUCAGAUGAACCGUGGCUCCCACUGCUCUGCUACGAUGCUUCCAAUAUCUCGAAGUUAGAACAAGCUAUAAGAAAUGAUCGAUUAGAAGCACAUCCUGUUUCUGGAGAGGUGGAGAUUGAUUGGGAGAUGUGCGGCUUGUAUGGUGCGUCGGUGAUGAGCUUGGUGGUGGUGAUGGUUGGAGGAUCGGAGAAGUGGGAGCAUAUGAUCGGGGAAAAUCAAGAAGGAUGGGGAAAGAAAAGCAUUGCUUCCGCAGAAACCGCUUUUCUAUCUGGAACUCCGCAAGUAUCUACACGGGCAGGUGGCACUCUUUCCAAUGUCUCAAAUGGUUCCAAAUAUCUCGAAGUAGAGGAUGACGAUGAUGAUGAUGAUUACUGGGCUCAGUAUGACAAUACGCCCUCUCGUACGCCCGCACCGAAACACUCUCCGGCGCCUCAAUCAAUGCAAAGCGGUUCGAAGAGUGCUGAUGACGAAGACUCAUAUUAUGCGCAAUAUGCCGAUGUACAACCUGCCAUGGAUAGCCAUGAUCCAGAUGAGGCAGCACAGAAUGGAACCGUCGAAACGUCGCUCGGUCAAGAUGAUCAAAUCACUUCUACCUUGAAACAAAAUCUACAAAACCACAUGCCAUCUCAUGAGGUAAAGCCAUGGGAUUCAGAGUCUAGCAGCGCAAUAAUGAAUGGUGGUGAAUACGUUGAAGUCGUGCAACCAAGACCAGGAAGUAGAACUAGCUCAAGUGGAAGUGAGACUGUUGCGAAACUCGAGAAAAGGGCAGAGGCACGAGAACAAAAUGAAGUUGGUAUCAAACAACAUAUUUCAACAAGUGUAAAGAGCUUGUACAGACUGGCGAAAGUAGCUGGGAUCGAAAGGGCAGAAUUUGAUAGGUUGAUUCGGACAGAGUUGGAUUGUCUGAGUUUGAUGGAUGAAGACGAUGAAUGA